UCCGCAUUAAAGUAGGCCUUGGAUUGACCUGCGCUUUAGAACGUCGUCUGGGGAACAUUUUGUUUAGUUUACAAAUCACUAGGGUUUGGUUACCAGAAAAGGUGGGCGUUACGUCAGGUUAUCCCAUAAAUCUGCAUUCUCUUUAUCACACUAAGAAAAAUGCAAUCUUCCAAUAGUGAAAUAGAAGAAACUCUCAAACGAAUCCAAUCUCACAAGGGAGUCAUUGGAGUUGUUGUUAUUAAUAAUGAAGGCAUUCCAAUCAAAUCAACUUUAGACAAUGCAACUACUAUCCAAUAUGCUGGUUUAAUCAGUCAACUAGCUGAUAAAGCUUGUAGUGUUGUCCGUGAGUUAGAUCCAACAAACGAUCUAACGUUCUUUCGCAUCCGAACUAAGAAACAUGAAAUCAUGGUUGCACCGGACAAGGAGUAUAUGUUAAUAGUUGUUCAAAACCAGUCAGAUUAAUUUUAUUCAUCGGUACAGUUUAUCUCAAUAAAUUUCUUCUUGGGCAAUUAA